AUGCCACCCAUUAGAGCCAUAAAGUCACAAGUCACCGCCAAGUCCACCAGGGCAAGCAAGCGGACCAAGGGAGCCAGGCAGCAGCAGGGCAGAGGGGGAAGAAGAAACCUGACCGCUGUCCACAAUGCUGACACCAGGGCAGACCCUGAGAUCGAGGGAUUGGUGACUGGUACAAGUGCCCAGGCCUGGGAGGAAAACAUUCAAAGUUCCACGGGAAUGGCAGAGGAGCAUGUGCCGCUCACUAUUAGCAAUAAGGGUAGGCAAUUAGAUUUUUCUACUUCGUGGCCUGUCCCGGAGGAAGCUGCCCUGUCACCGGCAGAUGUCGCUAGAGACAAUAUCAAAAAAGAAAUUGACAAAGGACAGAUGGCUGGCCCAUUUAAAUCACGACCUAUGUCAAAUUUGCGAGUUUCGCCACUGGGAGUAGUGCCCAAGAAAACGGAGGGGGAAUUCAGGGUAAUUCACCACCUCUCUUACCCUACCAAUAACUCCGUCAACGACUUUAUUGACGAAGAGCUUUGUUCGGUCAAUUACACAAAAUUUGACGAGGCCAUUAGCAUGGUUCAGCGUUUAGGGCGUGGAUCUUACCUAGCCAAAUCAGAUAUCAAAAGCGCUUUUAGAUUAAUGCCCAUUUGGCCCGGUAAUUUUGAGCUUCUGGGUUUCAAAUUCGACGGUUGUUAUUAUUUUGACAAAUGCCUCCCCUUUGGGUGUUCUAUAUCUUGUGCUACAUUCGAGAAAUUUUCAUCGCUUCUAGAGUGGCUGGUACGCAAGCGAGCUACAUCUAGAGAAGUUCUACACUAUUUAGACGAUUUCUUGUUCGGGGGUCAUACGGCAGACGAGUGUCAAAUGAUAGUGGAUAAUUUCAUACAGGUCUGCCAAGAAUUAGGGGUCCCAAUAGCAUGGGAAAAAAGCGAGGGUCCACAGGAAUUAAGUCAUUACUUUUCUUGGGCUAGAAAUUGA